AUGGCCACACCAACAUACAUCCACGCGGCCAAGCCGCCAUUAGGCUGGCUCCAUUUGUACAAACCGAGCAUUAGAAAAGCCUGGACCCGAACCACAGAGGCCGAGGUCAACGCUGAUUCAAGAGGCCCCAAAGCUGCUAUAUGGCAUCGAAAGGACCUCUUCGGCUUUCGCGGUUCCAUCAAGCGGAAAAAUAUCCUCGAACUUCUUGAUACGUUUCCGGUCAUGUCCUGGUUCCUUUUCAUGCUUUGGCAAGAUCUCAUUGGAGGCCGCAUUGCUCGAGAGGGCCUCUUGCCGCUUGGGGCGCCCGCUAACGACGGCCUUGGCUCAUCGUCAUCGGGCGCAGCAGAAGAAUGGCUAGACCUGGACCCGGGCCCGGACCCGGACAGCGGCUGCUUAUCUGGAGGUUCUGCUACACCGGGUGGCACCGCUGUCCGCUCCGACGGCGAAAAGGUUUCCUGGAAUCUUCUCUUUGGCGUUGUCUGUGCGGACGAUGCUGUCUGGGAGUCAUCGGCGUUCUCGGGAGAAAGGAUAGACUCGAUGCGAUAA